AGUCGGUUUCUCUCACUAAAUCACUAUUUCUUCACUUAUCUCUCUAGAACUAGCACUGACUUGAUCGUCGGAGUGCUAACGAGUGGCUACGGCCCUCUAGGCGCUAGUUUUGCAGGGUCUGAGCGCCUGCGGUGUGGUGGUUAGGGUGCGAUUGGUAGAGUGAAGUAUCCGGGCUUCAACAAUUGGCGCGCCAGGAAGGGGGCGCCAAGCUUGAGAGGAUAUAGGAAGAUGGAAGACUUGAACGAAGGAAAUGCAGGCGUGGACGAUGCGAGAACGGAGGACUCCGGACAUGAGGGGAGUGGGCAACGGUCUAGCCCAGUGGUGAGCAUGGAGGUAGAAGAAGAGAGUCGUGAGCGCCCCUCUAUGGAGAGUGAUUCGUUGUCCAAGAGGGAGCUGUAUAAGAUCAUCGCGGACCAGGACAAGGCAAUAGCCAUGCUCCGGAGGGAAUUGGAAGGUGGAAGGAGCGCCGAUACGAGAGAAUACAACCCCCCAGUAAGGAAGCGCGACAGGCUCGUGGAUGAUUCGGACGGUAGUGAGUAUGGGCGCCCAUAUUAUGAAGGGCCGCAUGUAGAAAUUACCCCGCCUAGGCGCCCGUCUGGGUGGAGAGCGCCUGGUGAGUUGGCCGGCUCCGGGCCGGAGGAGCAAAACCCAUGGACGCCUAGACGCCAGACGAGGCGCUUUGGGAUCAGACAACCCCUGGCGCAAAGUGUCCUGAUGGAACCAGCAGGAACUACCCUACCGCCUCUGACCAGCUAUGAUGGGUUCACUGACCCGGAGGAUCAUUUGAAUAGCUACUUUACGAAGAUGCAGCUGUAUAACAGCACGGAUGCCACGCUAUGCAAGGUGUUCCCCUCGACCUUCGCGGGAGUAGUUUUGGACUGGUAUCAUCAAUUGGAGGAGGGGCGCAUUGAGUGCUUUGAACAGUUCGCGGAAUUGUUCUUGUCCAAAUUUGCGAGCCGGAAGCGUAGAACACUAACUAUAGGCGCCUUGUUUAAAAUCAAGCAGAAGGAUGGGGAGGCGCUUAGAGAGUUUUAUGACCGGUGGAUUUCGGUCGCCAUGGCUGUGAAGGAUGUGCAACCGCCCGUGCUGGGCGUAUGCCUAGAAGAAUGCACGAGCAGCGAGGAGUUAUGCCGAGUACUGUCGAAAAAGGCUGUAGUUUCAACAGAAGACUUGGAUCGGAGGGUUCAGAAGGUGAUUGCAUUGGAGGAGACCUUGGCUGCAAGAAGGGCAGAGAAGAGGCGCGUGGGCCGAGAAGAGAUUGAAGGGCGCCAGGCUCCCAGACCAUUCUUUAUGAACAACGCCCCGCAGAGGAGAGUGGAGAGUCAGCGUCCCUUGCCCAGGAGUGCGGGAAACUUUACGGAAUACAACGAUUCCUUGAAGAACAUUUUGCAAUACGUGAAGGAUAGAGGGUACCAUGUGCGCUGGCCGGGACCCAUGCGCGGGCAGCCGAAUGAGCGAAAUCUUGACCGAUUCUGCGACUUCCAUCGGGAUAAAGGGCACCAUAUGGCCGAUUGCUACCAGCUAAAAUCGGAGCUGCAGACUCUAGCCGAUCGAGGGAUGCUCAACGACUUUAUAAGAAAAACAGACGAGCGGACCCAUCGUGCUUACGUCACAAGGGAAACAAGGCAGGCACCCGUUCUCCCCACAGUGCCACAGGCGCCCGUCCUCCCCACAGUGCCACAGGCGCCUGAGGUUCAUCCACCCCCGCUUGAAAUACCCCCGCCCCCGUUUGAGGUGAAUCAAGAAGGAGAACCUGGCCGGGUAAGACUCACCGUGGAAUCCAUAACUGGUACCGUUGACUUGCGGGAUAAAUUGGAUCGUUCUAGGCGCCUCAGGGCGGCGUCUGUGGAAGCAAAGGCGGCCGUCCAGAUAUGCUUUAAUCAGGAGGCGGAGGAGGCAUGUCAAGUGCCCUCGGAGGAGGCUUUGGAGAUACAAGGAAUCAUUGCAGGGUGCAAAGUUAAAAGGAUGUUGGUGGAUACGGGAAGUUCGAUGGACGUUUUAUUCAAAAGCACGUUCGAGCGCAUGCAGUUGGCGCCGGAGUUGGUAAGCCCCUCUGAUUCUGUGCUGAUUGGGUUCUCGGGGGCGCCUGCUCAUGUGAUAGGGCGUGUGCGCCUCCCGGUUACGUUGGGUGAUGAAAUGCAUCGAGUGACACAUGCAGUGGAGUUUGGGAUAGUGGAUUGCCCCUCACCGUACAAUGUGAUACUGGGGAGGCCCCUCUUGGCAUUAUUUAAUGGGGUGGCCUCAACUUGUCACCAAACAUUGAAGUUCGUCGCCCCGCAAGGCAUAGGAGUCUCAAGAGGAGAAAGCGCCCCCCGCUACGCGCGAGAGGAAGAAAGAAGAAGGAAAGGCGCCCGAAGGCCCAGGGUAAACAACAUAGAUAUCCGCCCAGAAGAAGCGCCUAGAGCAGAGCCCGUGGAUGAUGAGUUCAGUGUGCCGAUCGAAGAAGGGCGCCUAGAUCGUCAAGUGCGAGUGUCGGCACAGGCGCCAGAGCACAUGAGGGCGCCCUUAAUCAACUUGUUAAGAGAAUUCGGGGAGCUCUUUGCGUGGAGCCCUCAGGACAUGCCAGGAGUGUCCCCAGACGUGGCGGCGCACCGGCUGGCCGUCGAAGAAGGAAAAAGACCUGUCCAACAAAAACGAAGAAAUUUGACUCAAGAGAAAGAGGAAGCCCUGCGGAAGGAAGUCGAUAAGUUGCUCGAGGCAGGAUUUGUUGAGGAGGCCAGGUAUAUCACUUGGCUGUCAAACGUGGUAUUCGUCCCAAAGCCGUCGGGGGAUUGGAGAAUGUGCGUGGACUUUACCAACCUUAAUCGGGCGUGCCCGACGGAUGCUUACCCGAUGCCGCGCAUUGACCUGCUUGUGGAUGCCACGGCCUACCAUGAAGCGCUUAGCUUCCUUGAUAUGUUUUCGGGGUAUCAUCAAAUUCCCAUGGUGGAGGAAGAUAGAGCAAAGACCGCCUUUAUGACCCCUUUCGGCAAUUUCUGUUAUAGAGUGAUGGCAUUUGGUUUGAAGAAUGCAGGCGCCACAUAUCAGCGUAUGGUAAAUCAAAUCUUUCGUGGGCAGUUGGGAAGGAAUGUCGAGGCAUAUGUUGACGAUUUGAUUGUGAAAAGCAAGAGGCGCUUAGACCACAUCUCGGACCUGAGGGAAACAUUCGAGACUAUGCGCCUGUACAAGCUGCGGCUCAACCCGAAGAAGUGUGCGUUCUUGGCAGAAGCCGGUAAAUUUUUGGGAUUCAUGAUCACAAAGAGAGGAAUUGAGGCCAACCCCAAGCAAGUUGAGGCAAUCAUGAAUUUGAAGCCCCCCCGAACGCCUAAGGAGGUGCAAGGGUUGACGGGAAGAUUGGCGGCGCUUGGGCGCUUCAUUCCACGAGCCUCCGAUCGAGGCGCCCCCUUUUUCAGAACUCUAAAAAAGGCAAGCAAGUUUAAAUGGACGGAGGAGUGCGAUGAGGCAUUCGGAGAUUUAAAGAAGUUGCUAACCGCGCCCACUGUGAUGACCGCGCCUAAGAUCAAGGAGACGCUGUACUUGUACAUCGCGGUGUCCCGGAUCGCGGUGAGUGCGGUGUUGGUGUCCAAAGAUCCGUCAACGAAUGAGGAGAGGCCGGUAUACUACGUGAGCCGCACCAUGGUGGUGCACGAAACAAGGUACGCGCCCAUUGAAAAAGCAGCGUUGGCAGUGGUGAUGGCGGCUAACAAACUCCGACCUUACUUUCAAGCUCACAGCAUCGUGGUACUCACGAACUUGCCUCUCCGAACGGUCCUCGGGUCCAUGGAUGUUUCGGGGCGCCUGGUUAAAUGGGCCGUCCAGUUGAGCGAAUUUGAUGUAAGUUAUGCGCCCAGACCAGCCAUCAAGGCGCAAGUGCUGGCUGAGUUCGUGGCUGAAGGAGUGGUUGACGCGGGGGAUGGCGCGGAAGAGUGUUGGCAAGUUCAAGUGGAUGGAGCGGCAAGUCGAGCUGGAGCGGGAGCAGGUAUUGUGCUAAUUAGUCCCCAGGGCGCGAUGCAUGAGGUCGCGCUGCGUUUUGCAACUCUUAAGACGAACAAUGCGGCAGAAUACGAAGCGGUCCUGGCGGGGCUCCACAUGGCAAGGGAGCUGGGCGCCCAGAGGGUUAAUAUUCAGACUGACUCAGCGCUCGUGGUCAAUCAAUUGAACAAUGUGUACGAGGUGAAGGAGGAGGCGCUCGGGGCAUAUGUUCAAUCCGUCAAAGAGAAGUGUGUGUGGUUUCGGGAGGUUAUGUUCACACACGUCCCAAGAGAAGAGAAUGCCCAUGCGGAUGCCCUAUCUAAAUUGGCCACGGCGUUGGAUUUUGGAGAAGACAGAAAAGUGAUUGUUACCAAGGAAGCCCCGCGUGAUAAGGGGGUGAUGGCAUCUAUCCUCGUGGGAGCAAUGGAAGGAUGGAUGGCGCCUAUCAUGCGUUACCUAACGCAGGGCGUGGUCCCGGAGGAUCCCAAAGAGGCUUGGCGUUUGAGAAGGAAAGUGGCACGAUGUGUCCUCAGGGAAGGAGUGUUAUACAAAAGAUCCCACUCGGACGCCUAUCUACGUUGUCUCACGGAGGCAGAAGGACAAAAGGCUAUCGUGGAAGUGCAUCAAGGAACGUGUGGAAUGCACGCAGGCGCCCGGAGCCUAGAGAAAGUGUUGCUAAGGCAGGGUUAUUACUGGCCCACAAUGAGGGUCGACGCUGGGAAGCAUGUGGCCGAGUGCCACCAAUGUGAAAUCCAUGCCAACGACAUACAUGUGCCGGCUGCGCCCAUGCAGGGAAACGUAGGCGCCUGGCCGUUCGCACAAUGGGGGAUGGAUCUUUUGGGACCCUUCCCCAAGGCGCCCGGGCAAUUUAAGUACUUGAUAGUGGCUAUUGACUAUUUUACAAAGUGGAUUGAGGCAGAACCCUUGGCAUCCAUCACUGAAGUGCAAGUGCGGAAGUUUACAAGAAAGAACAUCUUUACAAGGUUCGGGCUGCCGGAGUCGAUCAUCACCGAUCAUGGCAAGCAGUUUGAUUGCAAGAAGUUUAUCGACUUCUGCGACGAAAAUGGGGUGGUCCUGAGAUUCUCUUCUGUAGCUUAUCCGCAAGCAAACGGGCAAGCUGAGGCGGCCAACAAGAGUAUAUUGCAUGGGCUGCAUACCAGGCUUGCAGAAGCCAAGGGGAACUGGGUGGAGGAGCUCCCAAGCGUCUUGUGGGCGCACAGGACCACCUUCAAAGUUGCAACCGGAGAAACACCCUUUGCACUGACGUAUGGCAGUGAAGCGGUGUUACCAGUGGAGGUUUCCAUCCCGACCUUUCGGAUGGCGCAUAGGGGGGAGGCAGUGGAGGAACAGGAGCGGAUCAAUGAAUUGGACCUUCUCGAUGAGCGUCGUGAAAGGGCGGCUCUGCGCCUGGAAGCAAUGAAGUCUCAAGUAGCCCGAUACUAUAACAAGAAGAUGCGCUCGCAUGACAUUGUGGCCGGGAGCUUGGUGCUGAAGCGCGACUUUCGCCCAAAAGCCACUGAUGGUAAGUUGGCACCAAAGUGGAAAGGGCCAUAUCGCGUGCAAGAGGUAGUCGGGCCGGGCACGUUUAAGCUGGAGCACUUGUCGGGAAAGAAGUUCAAGAGAACUUGGAACGCGCAAAACCUGCGAAGGUAUGAAAUCGGGGAAGUAAGUGUGAUGGGAGAAGAGGGUAAGGUACCCGAAGGGGCGCCGAGCAGGUGGUAAUUACGAAGGGGAAAGGCAGAGUCUUGGGGUGUUUUUUGGUAGGAGUAGAGUAAAGCGCUUUAAUGCGCCCGGGAUUUUUAAUGCGCCCGGGAUACUUAAAGCGCCCGGAUAUAUAUUUAUGUAAAGCGCCCAAUUCAGCGCCCGGAAAUAUUUUUGCAAAGCGCCCUUCAGCGCCCGGGAUACUUAAAGCGCCCGGAAAUAGCGCCCCAAGAUCGUUCUUCCUUUUGAAAUCGGAAUAUAUACAUACAUGGAUA